AUGAACCAUACCCGGGGGAUGUUUGAGGCUUCGAGAUAUGUGCCGCACUUGGAGGACAUUUACUACUCCCUUCCGAUUGCAAUAGACCAGUUUCGUAUUUUGAGUGUGCGACCAGCUUCCUCAACUACGUCGCCAAUCAUUGCCGACCUCAUUGUCGAGAAUUUCAAAAACCAACACAAACACUAUGACGCCCUUUCCUACACAUGGGGCGGCUUUUCCAACAGCGACCGGAUAAUUGUCAACGGUAAAGAGUUCCCUGUGACUCAAAAUUUGCGACUAGCCAUUCAAAACUUGAGGCACCCAUCGCGAGCUACCAGGCUUUGGAUCGACUGUAUCUGCAUCAACCAAGCUGAUACGAUCGAGCGAAAUUCGCAAGUCCAGCUGAUGGGCUGGAUCUACUCUCAGGCACACCACGUAGUGAUUUGGUUAGGAGACACAUCAGAAACAUCACGAGUUGCGAUGAAACUUCUCAACGAUUGCCACGAUCUUGAAUCGGAUGAAGAGAUUAUACAAAGAGUCAUUAGUGACGAGGUCGGUGGGCGAGCAUUGACAGAGCUUCUGCAACGGCCGUACUGGACACGCAUGUGGAUCUUUCAAGAGGUCAUACUCUCUCGGUCAACGACAGUUUACUGUGGCCCUCUUACGACCACAUGGGGUGCUUUACGGCGGCUGGACAAAAUAACCGGGAGUCCAUGGCUUUGGCCGGGACUAGAGAUCCGACAAGGAUGGAUUUUGGCUCUCCGCCGUGCCUUCUUUGGCAUUACUCAAUUCUUCAUGGAUCGAGUGGAUGCUCGUGACAUGACGAACGUUUUACAGCCUACAAGAAACCUCAAAGCAACCGAUCCUCGCGAUAAACUCUUUGCUCUGCUAGGUGUUUGUAACACAGGCUUGUUCCCAUCGCCAGAUUAUUCUAAGCCCGUGAGAGACGUAUACAUCGAUUUCACAAGAACUCUUAUCGGCCAUGAUCACGAUUAA